AUGGCAGCGACUCCAUUCUCGCUCGAAGGCUUGUUUUUUUACGUCACGGAGACGUUCACCGCUGGGGUGAUUCAGUCUUAUCAAGGUCAACAACAGCUCAAUGCACCGUUAUUGCAAGGCCAAGAUCCGCUGGAGGAUUUUAAAAAGUUUAAUGGAAACGACGAGAUUUUUCAAGAAUAUGACCCCCCUCCUGGGGACGACAGCAAAAUGGGAUGGAAAAGAUCUCGUCCAACACGACUAAAGUCGCUAUGGAAAGGCAUGAAGUAUGCAUUUCACAUUCAGUUUCUUGGAGGCGUUGCGUUGGGGUCUCUCGCCUUUUCAAUACUUAUUUUGAAUUUAAACACUAUAGAUAUUUGCUUUGAUGUGCAAUACCCUCACUGGACGGCGGUUUCCAAGAAAUAUCAGAGAAUGAUAGUAACAUUUUCUAUAAUAGAAUCCUUCGUGAUUCAGCUGUGGACUUUUCUUGUUGUGUUGACAAUGUUUGAGUGGCGUUUGAUAAAGAAACUCAAUCUACUGACGUUGAAUCUUCUGGGCGCGNGAAACGACGAGAUUUUUCAAGAAUAUGACCCCCCUCCUGGGGACGACAGCAAAAUGGGAUGGAAAAGAUCUCGUCCAACACGACUAAAGUCGCUAUGGAAAGGCAUGAAGUAUGCAUUUCACAUUCAGUUUCUUGGAGGCGUUGCGUUGGGGUCUCUCGCCUUUUCAAUACUUAUUUUGAAUUUAAACACUAUAGAUAUUUGCUUUGAUGUGCAAUACCCUCACUGGACGGCGGUUUCCAAGAAAUAUCAGAGAAUGAUAGUAACAUUUUCUAUAAUAGAAUCCUUCGUGAUUCAGCUGUGGACUUUUCUUGUUGUGUUGACAAUGUUUGAGUGGCGUUUGAUAAAGAAACUCAAUCUACUGACGUUGAAUCUUCUGGGCGCGCUGUUGGACCCGUGUAUCAGGCUGUAUGCUCGCUUAUACGGCGUGUUCAGAAAGCCUUGGAUGUCGUACCCGUGUAACGGUCUCUUUGUUCUCAUAUUAGUGACAAACAGUUUAAUCAUUGGCAGAGAAAUAGCAAAGAACAGCGAAACGGAAAGGAACAAAAGAAUCAAAAAAACGAUCCAGGUAUUGGCCAUGCUGAUAGCUCAGUUUGCCUUUGGAAUCCCGAUCACAUUUGGUCUCGUGUACGUUCUGAUACCUUUGUAUGGCGAAGCAUCUGAAACCUACAGAGCGGUCAUAGCCGGGGCAGUGCCUCUAGCAACUGCUAUUCCAAAGGUCAUUGUACGCUUGGCGGCGCAAAGAAUCGAUUUCCUUCAUCCAGGCGAUUCGCACGUGCUGUUAAUCGUACUCUACAGCGCCUCCGCCAUCGUUUUUCGCGUUAUGCAAGCGGAACUGAACAGUCUUAAACUUUACAUCAUUCUCAGCUUCGCGCAUGGUGCGAUAGACUUGCUGGAAAGAUUGACUAUCGUUAUUCGCGAUUAUAUUUGGUACUUCAUUUACAAGAAGCUCAAAAGAGACGGGAGAGAAUUAAUUUUGAAAGCAAAUCAAUUUCGCUCGCCACGGAGCAUGCGCUUUGUGGCCGAUAUGAGCAUUCAGAUGAUCUUGGGCGAAUCCACGUCAUUGAUAGCAGCGGUCGGUUUCCUUCAGCUUUACAACGUCAUGUAUAACGGUAGAGAUACUUUGUCAGGAAUAAAAGAAUUUUUGAUUCGUGUCUCCAUUGCUCUUAGCAUCGACUUCGCCUUUAAUUCUUUAUCGUUUUGGCUGCAGAUGUCCUAUUUAAAUAUCGCAGUGGUGCGCGUCUGGAGGAAGAAAUGGCGGAAACACAUGCUCAUUGGUUUCAUUGUAACUGCCUUGACUAUGCUUUAUUUUACCAGUCGCUUGUUAUCUAUUGUGAGUGCCAACAACUCGUCAAAUGGCGCAAUAAACAAUUCCAAUUGUUCGGAGCGCAUCUUACAGUCUUAA